UGACUUCUUCGUCUCUGCUCUAUUGUUUCUUUCUGAUUGGCCGGGUGGCGGAGGCGAGCCGCUGACGUCAUGCUCCGUGUGCCCGGAUAGAAGCUGCGUGGAAUGUCUGCACCGGCAAAAUCCGAAUCCGAGCUGAGAAGUUGGUUCGGCGCCGGAGCAGAAAAGGGCCGCGGUUCCUCUGGAAGGACGGAGGAGGCUAUGCAUCCUGUGCUAAAAGCCUUUUUUUGUGGUUCCAUCAGUGGGACAUGCUCUACCCUGCUCUUCCAGCCUCUUGACUUGCUUAAAACCAGGCUGCAGACUUUGCAGCCAGCUGUUGAUGGGUCAGGCCGUGUUGGGAUGGUAGCUCUGCUCUUCAAAGUUGCUCGUACAGAAAGUAUACUUGGGCUGUGGAAAGGUGUUUCUCCAUCCUUCGCACGAUGCAUUCCAGGAGUUGGGAUUUACUUUAGCACCUUAUAUAUGAUAAAACAGCAUUUUUUGUGGGAACGCUCUCCUACCGCCUUGGAAUCAGUCCUCUUGGGGGCAACCUCACGGACUGUAGCUGUUGUUUGUAUGUUACCCAUCACAGUAGUGAAAACACGGUAUGAGAGUGGAAAAUAUGGCUAUGAAAGUGUCUAUGGAGCCCUGAGGAAUAUCUACCGGUCAGAAGGGGCCCGGGGUUUGUUUAGUGGCCUGACAGCAACACUUCUACGUGAUGCACCUUUUUCUGGCAUCUAUCUGAUGUUCUACACGCAGACUCAAAAAAUUGCAUCAUAUGGCCAACUGGAUACAACAGCUGCACCACUUGUGAAUUUUGGCUGUGGAACUGUUGCUGGAAUUCUGGCCUCGUUAGCUACUCAGCCUGCGGAUGUCAUCAAAACACACAUGCAGCUCUCAUCUGAAAAAUACCUUCAGACUGGCCAGGCUAUUGCCUUAAUCUUCAGGAAUUAUGGACUGGCUGGAUUUUUCCAUGGUGGUGUCCCACGGGCCCUGCGGCGGACACUGAUGGCAGCAAUGGCAUGGACUGUAUAUGAACAAAUGAUGGCUAAGAUGGGCUUGAAAUCAUAAGUGGUGUGCUGGGAAACAUUCAGUCUACCUUUUUCCCCCCACUUACUAUGAUUGCUUGGUGAGACUCGUGUUGGGCGUAGUCCUACAUGGAAGGUGACCUGCUUAGGCAGUGUUUCUCUGUAUAUUGAAUUGCCAAGGCGGUGGAUCAGAAUCUUUAGAAAUACGAGUGAGUGGAGUAGAAUAAUGUGACAAAAUGAGGGAGGUAUUCCAGGAAAACUGUGCUGUGCUUGGAAAUUGCACAAAGUUAAAUGAUUUGUGUGAGUAUGAGUUGUCCUACUAAAGCCAGUUUACCCAGAGGAAUUGUUUUCAAAAAAUAUUUUCCACCCACCUAUUCUGAGGACUUUAUACAAUGAAUUGUUGAAAACCUUUAUCUAUUGGAAUUCCAGAAACUAGAAACGUCAUUCUCCUUGCUGGCUCCAGGCUCCAGAAUUGCGUGCUGCAUUUCCUCUCUGCUUUCACCAUCAAUAUUGUUCUUGUUUAUGUACUCAACCAAAAGAGUGUGAGGGAAGUCUUGCAAAGGAUUUCAGCAAGACAAUCUCAUUCAUAGCUUGCCUCAUACAAUUGUUAAAUUGUAAGGAAAUUAAUGUUAAACUAGGAGACUGAAUUGACAUUCUGAUUAAAAAUAAUUCUAGACAUACAAUCUUGCCAUUUCUGUAGCAGCUUUCUCCAGCCUUGCUUCCUCCAGGUUUGUUGGGACUGUGGCUUUCAAAUACCAACAUGGCCAGAGUUGCAGUCCCAGCAUAAAUGGACAAUUCUAGGUUGGGAAAAUCUUUUUCUUAGAGCCUUAAUUAAACACUGCCAAGCUCAUGAUGAAA